AGUGUGCCAUAAUCCCACAUUAUAAAGUCAAUGGUCAGCUUCCAUCUUAGCACCAUCUACAGAAUUAGUUGAGAUAGGGAAAUUACAGAAAUGGCAAAAAGUAAUUAUGUUCCGCUCUUCAAAACAAAGCAAGUUAGAGGACGAAUCUUUUUCAGGUGUAUUGCAGCUUCAAUCUUUCUCGGCAUCUGCUUCAUUGUUAUGUAUAGAGUAAUGUUUUUCCCAGUCGGAGGAAAAGCUGAGAGAUGGACAUGGAUUGGACUGUUUCUUUCUGAGCUAUGGUUCUGUAUUUAUUGGUUUUUCACCACCGUUAGUAGAUGGAACUCAGUCUACCGUUUGCCUUACAUUGACAGGCUCUCUCAAAGGUUCGGAAAAGAAUUACCGGGUAUAGACAUAUUUGUGUGCACGGCUGAUCCAUUGAUGGAGCCACCUAGUAUGGUGGUGAAUACGGUUUUAUCAGUGAUGGCAUAUGAUUAUCCACCUGAGAAGUUAAGCAUCUAUUUAUCAGAUGAUGGGGGAUCGGAUUUAACGUUUUAUGCCAUGUUAGAGGCUGCAAAUUUCUCAAAGACAUGGCUGCCUUUCUGCAAAAAGUUGGAAGUGGAACCAACAUCUCCUGAGGCGUACUUUAGGACAGCUUCCGAACCAGUGAAUGCGGAGUGGCUUUCAGUUAAGAAACUAUACGAUGAAAUGAAAAUGAGGAUUGAAGCCACCACAAAAUUGGAUCGAAUUCCAGAUUACAUUCGUAAGCAGCAUAAAGGAUUUUGUGAGUGGGAUUUUGUUACAAGUAAACGUGAUCAUCAAACCAUCCUUCAAAUACUAAUUGAUGGAAGAGACACCAAUGCUGUGGAUAUUAAAGGCGACCCUUUGCCAACUCUAGUGUAUUUGGCAAGAGAGAAAAGACCUCAAUAUCACCACCAUUUCAAAGCUGGAGCCAUGAAUGCUCUUAUCAGGGUAUCAUCAAGGAUAAGUAAUGGUCCAAUUAUUUUGAACGUGGAUUGUGAUAUGUAUUCAAAUAAUUCAAAGUCAAUCAAAUAUUCUUUAUGCAUUUUCAUGGAUGAAGAGAAGGGAGAUGAGAUCGCCUAUAUACAGUUUCCUCAGAAAUUCAAUAAUCUCACCAAAAAUGAUAUUUAUGGUAGCUCUUUUCGAGUAAUACAACAGCUGGAGCUUGCAGGACUUGACGCAAAUGGAGGGCCAAUGUACAUUGGAACAGGAUGCUUCCACAGGAGAGAGGCUCUUUGUGGGAAGCAAUAUGAGAAAAACUAUAAGGUUGAUUGGAAGAAACUAAAUGAUACAAAAGCUAAUGAAAGUGCAAGCGUCCUUGAAGAAACAUGUAAAGUUCUUGCAAGCUGUACCUUUGAACACAACACACCAUGGGGAAAAGAGAUGGGUUUAAAGUAUGGCAUUCUGGUGGAAGAUAUAAUUACAGGGUUGAGUAUAAAAUGUAGAGGAUGGAAAUCCAUGUACUUAAACCCUGAAAGAGAAGGCUUCUUAGGAGUUGCUCCAACAACAUUAUUGCAGUUGCUGGUGCAACAUACGAGAUGGGCAGAAGGUCACCUUCAAAUUUUCCUAUCAAGAUACUGUUCCUUGGUGUAUGGAUAUAAAAGGAUUCCUCUUAAGCUUCGACUUGCUUACUGUCCUUUCAACUUGUGGGCUGCAAACUGCUUGGCUACGCUGUAUUAUGUUGUAGUCCCAUGCCUUUGCCUGCUUAAAGGCUUCUCAUUGUUUCCUAAGAUAUCAAGCCCCUGGGUGGUCCCAUUUGUAUAUGUUGCCUUUGUACACCGUGCAUACAGCCUUGGUGAAUUCCUAUGGUGCGGAGGCACAUUCCGAGGUUGGUGCAAUGAUCAAAGGGUGUGGUUGUUCAAGAGAACAACUUCAUACUUCUUUGCCUUCUUUCAAACCAUCUUGAAGCUAUUAGGGUAUUCACAGCUAACCUUCGCCCUCACUGCCAAAGUAUCUGAUGAAAACGUCUCGGAAAGAUACGAACAAGAGCUGAUUGAGUUUGGUGCCACUUCACCGAUGUUUGAUAUUUUAGCCACACUUGCAAUGUUGAAUUUGUUUGGUAGCUUUGGGGCAAUCAAGAAGGUCAUCUUGGAUGCAGAUGAGGACUUUAAGGUUUUGGACCAAUUUGGGUUGCAAAUUCUGCUCUGCUUGGUUUUGGUUACCAUCAAUUUGCCUGUAUACCAAGCACUCUUUUUCCGGAAGGAUAAUGGCAAGAUGCCUAGUUCAGUUACUUACAAGUCUAUUAUUUUUGCCUUGCUAGCCUGUACUGUGGCCAUGUAUUGAACCACUAAAAUCUCUCUGCUAAGAAAGUCGCUAUAUAGGACUAAAAAUAGUUGAAUCAUAAAUGCCUAAAAGUAGUUGUAUGAAUAAAUUGAUUAAGGCCAGUUUUACGUAUUGAGCCAUUAUGAGAUUGUGUAAACUAUAUAAUUUACAAAAUCACAUUCUUUUUUCACUUGGCAAAA